AUGUGCGCCAAAUCUACGAAAACAGUACUUGUCAAAUGCAAAACAUGCACGAAAGACAUCGUUUUCGACGAAGAAUAUUUACUUGAUGGUGAAGACGUUGUUCAUAUUCAAUGUUAUCUCUGUUCGCAUUGUCAAACUUCGUUAGCCGGUCGAUUUUACUAUCGAAAUAAAGAUCCGCGUAGUGAUGGAAAACCGAAUUUAGUCUGCGAAUCGUGUUAUUACCGACUUGCACCGGUUUGUUUCCAGUGUUUGAAAAUUAUUGAAGAUAUUUCAUUGAGAUAUGGCGAACGAAUCUUCCAUCCGAAUUGUUUUCUUUGUCACCGUUGUCAAAAACCAUUUCAAGGGCAAUUAGUUUAUCCAUAUCAAAAUCAGGUUUUUUGUUCGAAGUGUUAUCCUCUUGUACAAAAUGAAUUUCUUCCUGCUUCGAAUACGAUUUUAAUAUCACGAUGCUCGGUUUGUCGGAAACAAUUUCAAGCAGGCGAUCUGAUUACUGAACAUCGAAUUGAGUUACCAAGGGAUAAGAUCGAGGAGAAAUCGAUGAAUACCAUUCUCUGUAUGCAUAAUUCAUGUUUUGUUUGUGAAAUUUGUCAUAGAAACCUCUCGAAUUCGGUUUAUUACCUACCGAAUUCAGUUGAUGAAGAUAGUCAACAGAUGAAAUUUCAAUGUGAAAAAUGUCAUCAGACAUCCGCGACGCUUUGUUCGAUAUGCUUCAAGCCAUCGGAUGAAUUGAUGGUCGUAUUUAAUCGUCGAUGGUAUCAUGAGCAAUGUUUUAAAUGUAAAAAUUGUCAAUACAAUCUGAAACACCUUCCUCGAAUCGUUGUUGAACCGGAUGGAUUAAUGUGUGAGCGUUGUUUCAAAGUUAUUCAUGAGCAAAAAGAACAAGAACAGUUAUAA